AUGACGAUAAUGAUAGGUUUACCUCUUGUGUAGUGAAAUAGUUACAAAUUCAUUUGAAAGUCAUUGCAAAAUAUGUCCAGACUCCAAAUACUGAGACUGGUGGUCCAGCAGCGUCUGACUGCGGCUGCUGAAGAGAUCUUCGGAGUGUUUGAAAAAGCCAUAGAGGAGUAUGAAGAAGAGAUAGAUCGCCAACGCAGGCUGGUGGCAGAUGCUGUGAAGAAUGAGAGCAACAGACCAGACCCUCAACAACUAUUAGGCUAUAAAGAGGAGGUUCCGUCUGAGCAACAGGAGUGGAGUCCCAGACUGGUCCAGGAAGAGCCAGAGCCCCCACACAUUAAAAAGGAAGAGGAGGACCUGUGGAACAGUCAGGGGAAAGAACAGCUUCUGGAAUUUGAGGAGAGGGCUGGUAUCAACAAGUUACAAUUCACUCCUGUCCCUGUGAAGAGUGAAAUUGAUGAAGAGGAAGCUCAAUCUUUAGAGCUUCAUCAAAGCCAAAUUGAGGAAACCAGCAGCUCAACUGAAAAGAUGAAAACAGAAGCUGAUGGAGAGGACUGUGGCCUGCAAGAGCCAGCCAGGAACUUGGAUCAACAUGGAGAAUUACAACCACCUAGUGAUAGUGGUUGGAAUCAGAUAAGUGAACCACGGUCAAGUUUGGACACAAAAGAAAACUGCUUCAAACCAAGGGUGAUCGUGCUUUCACAGUAG